AUGUGGAACAGCCUCAUUUCAGUGCCCCUUCUGGCAGUCAUCGCCUGGCUGUUCCUUCAGAUUGCCCAUGUCUUGUACAAUGUCCUUCUCCAUCCCCUCCGAAGUUAUCCAGGCCCACUUGCAGCCCAGGCUUCGGGUUGGUACAAGACCUACAUCGAGCUGUUCCUGCAGAGAAGCUGGACAGAUGUCCUGCUCCAUUUCUCUAACCCGCAAGCGUACCACGAUAUCUACAACAACGUGAACCGCUGGGACAAGGACAAGGGAUCGUACGAAUGCUUUGGCGAGGAUCACUCCUCGUUUGGCUUCCUGAAAUAUCACGACGCUAAGCAGCGCAAGGAUGUCUUGCAGCCGCUGUUCUCCCGACGGAACAUUUUACAGAUGCAAACUCUUGUCCGGAAGAAUAUGGACCACCUCGUGGAGAGACUCUCAGAGGACUAUGCAGCCGGGAGGUCGUCGGACUUGUUCUUCGCCUUCAGAUGCUUUACCAUGGAUACCAUUACUAGUUUCUGCUUCGCCAAAUCUGUGAACGCCAUUGAUGUUCCCGGGUAUAAUGCCCCCAUCAUCGAAGCUAUGGAGGCCUCGGGCCCGGCCUUCAUCCAAUUCAAACAUUUACCCUUGUUCCGCAAAUUUGUCUUCUCCCUUCCACCCAACAUGGCCAUCAAAGCCUCACCCGAGACGGCAGGCUUGACCCGUCUCCAGGUCAUCUUACGAAACCAAGUUGACGAAGUGACCGCGAAUCCAAGCAUCCUCGAGGAAGCUCCCCACCAAAUCAUCUAUCAUCGACUCCUCGAUCCCGAGGCGCACAAGGGUCAGCCGAUCCCCGACAAGCAAUCACUGUAUGAAGAGGCGCAGGCCUUGAUGUUUGGGGGCGGCGACACGGUCGGAAACACUCUGAUGGUCGGCUUCAAUCACAUCUUGCAGCCGUCAAACCGCGACCUCUACCAAUCUCUCCGCGACGAGGUCCGUUCCGUCUGGCCGGAUCUGGCGACUCCGCCUCGCUCCUUCGAGGCGUUCGAGCCUCUCCCGCUCCUCACCGCAACCAUCAAAGAAUCCCUGCGCGUCGCACCGGGCGUGGUGUCCCCACUUCUCCGCGUCGUCCCGGCCAAGGGCGCAACAAUCGCCUCCCAUCGAGUCCCGCCCGGCACGGUCGUGGGUAUCUCCAGCGUCUUCGUCCACUCCUCCCCGACAACAUUCGACAAUCCAAAGACAUUCAUGCCCCACCGAUGGCUUUCGACGGGGAGAGACCACCUGGAAUCCAACCUCGUCGCCUUCAGCCGCGGCCCCAGGUCGUGUCUGGGCAUCAACCUCGCCUGGUGCGAGUUGUACGUCGCCUUCGCCACCAUGUUGCGUCGGUUUGAGUCGCUGGAGAUCGACGCGGAUUCCCCGCCCGCGGACUUGAGGUUUCGCGACUCGUUCCUGCCGAAUUUCUACGGCCAACAUCAUCUCAAGGUCAGGUGUAAGCCAGCGACAGAGUAG